AUGCUUUCUUUCUUUCUAUCUUUCUUUCUUACUCUCCUUUUUUUAUUCGUUCUUUCAUACUUUCUUUCUUUGAUGCAUUCUUUCUUUCUUUCAUUCAUUCAUUCUUCCCUAAAUUCAUUUAUUCAUCCACUCUUUAUUUCUUUCAUAUUUUCUUUCUUUCUUUCUUUCAUUCAUUUCUUUCUUUCUUUCUUUUCCUUCCUUCAUGCUUUCUUUCUUUCAUUCUUUCUUUCUUUCGUUCACUCUUUCCUUCUUCCUUUCAUUCAUUCUUUCUUUCUCUCUUUCUUUCUUUCUUUCUUUCAUUCCCUCUUUCCUACUUACAUCCAUUCUUUAUUUCUUUCCCUCUUUCUUUCUUCCUUUCAUUCAUUCCCUCUUUCCUACUUAGAUUCAUUCUUUCUUACUUUCAUUUCUUUCUUUCUUUCUUACUUUCAUUUCUUUCUUUCUUUCUUUCUUUCUCCUAAAACCAAACAGCGCUUUUGA